AUGCGUUCUGCUGGACUUUUUGCUGCUGCCAUGGCCUUUGCCGCCUCCGUCAUUGCCCAGACUCCUGGCUACGCCGUCAUCAGCCAACCUGGAGAGGGCAGCAGCCUGCCCUCUGGCAAGGAGUUCGAGAUCAAGUGGGAAGCUGGUGCCUUCACUGGCCCGGCCACCAUCAGCCUCCUCGCUGGUGAAUCCCCCACCACUCUCCAGGCCGGUGCCACCAUCGGAACUGUUGACGUGGCCUCCAACAAGUUCACCUGGAAGUUGGACUGCUCUCUCGGCACCGACAAGACUUACGGCAUCAAGAUCACCUCUGCCGCCGACCCCAACACCUUCCAGUACUCGUUCCCGUUCGCCAUCAGCGGCCCUUCUUGCGGCGCUGCCGAGACUAGCGCCACUGCCAGCGCCAGCGCCAGCGUCAGUGCUACCAAGGAUGGAUAUGCUACUGAGGGUACCACUGCCAGCAGCAGCACCGUCUCCAUCAGCAGCUACACCACCGCUGAGACCACUGCUGAGACCACGCCAGGCUACCCGCUAACCACGCCCUCGUACCCCGGCACCACCGUCCUGACCAACACCAGCACCACCGUCCCCGAGCCCAGCUACCCGGCUACCGUCCCCACUGGCAACCUAUCUACCACCGCUGUUCCCAGCUACCCGGCCAGCACCACCCUGACCUACGUCACUGGCACUCCCAGCACCACGUCUCCCGUGACCGUUGUCACCGGUGCCGCCAACGCUGCCAACGCUGGCCCGUUCGCCCUUUUCGGCGGUCUCGCUGUUGCCAUGAUGGCUCUAUAAGCAUGCAACGCUCAACACACAACUUCAGUCGAUAAAGUAGGGUUGGUCUGGGUUCGGGUUCGGAUGGGGGGGUUGAGAACAAAAGGGGGGACUUGGUAAUUUACACUAAUGGAGGACUAAUCAACUUAAUUGGACCUGCCUUUUAACCGACCCAAAUCACAUCGGACCAGCUGUCUCUUCAGUCGGCGGGCAAUUGUUGCUGUUUGUAUAGCCGCUCGCGGAACCGCGCGCUGGAAACAGACGACGAUUGAGUUGGAAGAUAAUGCGCGAUGGUCCUCCAUCGUGAUUUGAUACCCACACUUUCUUGUCUAUAGAUAGACGUCUUGCCGCAAUCCCUGAAUAUACCUCUUAAAACUACUUGCCUGUCUUGACUCUUUGGAUGUUCUUUGUCUGUAUGCCAGCAUGUGAUAAGUACCGCAGUGGGUUAAGCGUGAUGUGGUUGACUGACGGUUGUUGUUUUGUCUCACCCCGCUGUCGAUCUUUGCGCCUCUUCCGCCCAGAAGCAACGUACCUUACUUCGGUACCUGCGUCUCGAUACACAAGACCUUGGUAUGAUGAUCUUUCCUAGGCACACACUUGGUCCUAGCAGAAAACAUCC